GGAAGUAAUCUCGAAGCUUCGAGAAUACGUGACGAAUCAGAAUCUAAUCAAUCUAUUGCUCGUUGUUUUUCAGUCGUGUGCAGAGCAGAGUAUACACUAUACAGAUGAUGACGUCAGGUAUCAUACUUAGGGGGGCCUGAAUGAAACAUUUGAGGGUUCAAAGUGUAACUCUUUAUUAUGGCGGUGCAAUUGUUGAUAUCUUUAGGGUGCUGAAUGUUGUUUAUAAAUGGCUGGACAUAUAAAGGUUACACUUUGCACACAGAUAAAGAUUUAAUCCCCAAAUCUCACUUUAUCACUUUUUCCUCAAGUAUUAGACAACUGUAGAAGAUGUAUUCCAUAAUUCAACAUCAGUCGUUCACCUUCAACGCAAAAGGCUCUCUUGGUCUGUUCAAGAUUAUAACUCUGUUCAAGUUGUGGAUCUUGUUCAGCAGUUAGUUCGAUUAUGGUUCAGUAUUGUUGAAGAUCUGAUUGAUUUAUUUAUUCAGUAUUGUUGAAGAUCUUGUGAAUCUUCAUAUUCUUAGUUUUUUCUGUAUCCUUUUGUUAACCAGCCGAGUAUGGUCUGGUUAUUGUUGAUCCUGUGUUGGAUCUUGUUAUUUCACAUUUCUUUCUAUGAUCAACAGAUAUUUUAUCUGUUGAUCCUGUAUUUCGUAUUUGUUGUUUUAGAUCUUACAUAAGUAAGAUCUAGGGUUUGGGGGGUGUUUUUGGUUUGGGUUAAAUAAUAAAGUUUUACGUCAUAUUUUGUCGCUAUCUUUUGUAUCUACUGUGUUUGUGUUGUUAUAUUUGCUGCAAUCGAUCAAUAUACCAGUGUUUUUGACAUGGUAUCAGAGCCUUCAUGCUCCUGUUGAUGAUCGAUUGUAUGUCUUCCGCUGUAUUGUUGAGUGUCGGUUGUCUGAUUGUUUGGCUUUGCUGUUGUUUCCAGGGUUUCUGUUCUUGGAAUUGGUUGUUGACAGCAGAUCUGUGUACUUCCGGUUAAAGAGAAUUGAAACCCUAACUCAGGGCUUCAAGUGUUGUCUAAGUGUGCUCGGAAAUUUUUGGUUAGUGACAGAUCUGCUUAGAUCUAUGAUUUCUUGGUGAUAUACAGUUUGGUACUGAAUGGAACCCUAAGUUAGGGUUUCUAACUUCUGGUCUUUUCUCCGAUUUAUCAUUUGUGUUAGUCUCUGCAACCCUCGGAGGUUCAGGGCAAACUAACCAGAAAAGUUAUGGUGAUUCUUUUCUGUCUGCAUCAGAUCUUGUUGUUCUUAAAAAUCACAGAUCUGAUAUUAUUUGGUGUUGCUUGCAACCGCUGUAAGAUCGUUCCUCUCCUUUAUUUUUAUUUUUAUUUCUUUGUUUCUGCAUCUAACUAUUGUUGUGUCUAGGCAUUCUGUUUACCGGACUAGUCGGGCCGGCUCUUGAUCGAGUCUACUUGUUAUCUGUUGCAUUGUUUGGUUCUUGGUUGUGUUGAUUCGUUUUGGUUCUGUGUUUGUUACUGUUUAUUAUUUGUUCUUGUUUGUUUUAUGUGGUUAGUUUAGAAGUGGCUCCUGAGUAAAGGCUUGUCCAGGCACCAUAGAGUGAUGAACCUGGAAUCUGGUCCCUGACUCAGCUUUGCCCUAGGUUUUUUAUCUUCUAAUUGGCUCAUAUAUUGUGUUAUCUGUUGUUUACUUUUGUGGUCUAUUGUCUUGUUGUUGUUUGUUCUUUUGUGUCUUAUUUUUUUUCUUUGGUUUUGGCUGAUUCAUUGUUUGAUACUGUGUGUCUAUGUAGAUUGAGAUAACAAGAUUGUUUAAAAUCUGUCACUUGGUGACUAUUAAAAUUGUUGAAUAGUUUUCUUAAAUCUGAUAGAAGGUUUAUAUAAGAUGUUUGGUCUUCAUUUUUUUGUAAGUUGUGCAUAUAUUGUGGCAUGUUCUUAGAUCCAUUUUUUUGUUGAUUCAGGUUUAUAUGAGAUCCUUGUUGUUUAUGUUAUUGUUAUCUGUUUGGCUCUCAUCUUUGUUUGCUUUAAAGGGUUAGGUUUUGUAAAUCGUGACAGUUUGGGUAUAUCUUGGUUUUGUUAUGUCUCUUGAAUCUUGUAUGAUAAUUGAAUGGUCAUGUUUUUUUUAUUCAUGACUUACUGUGGUUUUCAUUGCAUGAUCUUGUUGUUUCAUUCAUGAUUGGAUGUUUGGUUGCUAUGUAAUGUGUUAUGUUUGUGGUAAUGUGAUCUUGUAUUUGCUGUCAUAAGGUGGUUUAGAUUGAAAUGUUGUUUCUGGUUAUUGGUUCGUGUGUUCUGUAUCUUUAUCAUGGAUCAUGUGAUUUGAUUGUGUCUUGAUCUGUCUUUGUGUUUUUCACACGUCGUCUGUAUGUCUUGUUGUCUGUUAUGGUUAGUCGAACUAUGUGGUUCGAAUGUUUCUAACCUGUUGUGUUGUCAAGAGUGUUCUUGAAUAUGUUGUACAACCUUGUUUGCAUAUUGAUUUGUUGUUGUCUUGUAUGUUGCUAAAAUGCUGUUUGUUUGCAGUCUUUGUGUCUGCCUGUCUUUGAUCUUGAAUGUAUGGUUAGUUGAGAUGUAAGGUUCAUGUUUAACCAGUGGUAUUGUCAAGAUUGUUUGUAUUUGUGACAGCCUUGUAUGUUAUCUCUGAUGAGAUAUUUUUUUUUUGGUUGCAAAUUGUGAUAUUUGUGUCUUAUCAGAAUUAGGUUGGCUGUGUCUUAUUGUCUUGUGUAUGUCUCAUUAUUCUUAGGCUUGUGUGUGAGAUGUUAUAUCAUGUGUUUUGUAUAGGAUGGUUUUCUUGCCAAGUAUAGAAGUGUGUACUUCUUGUGUAUCAGUGUUGGUAUGUAUCUUGUGAUCUUUCAGUGUUGGUUUUCUUCACAAGUAUUUGUCUUUCGGUCUUGGUAUCAAAUUCUUAAAAAUCAUGUGAUUUUUGUUUAAAUGAUAUAACUGUGAUGUUGUUGAUGGACUGUGUGGUUCAUUGUUCAAAUUAGAAUAUGUUUUCUAAUUGUUUGUUAUCUUACUUGUCUUGUAUAUGUAUGAAUCGUGUGAUUCGUUGUUUUUUCAGACGUUGUUCUGAGUUUUGUAGUCUUUGGUGAAUCUCUAGCUUAUCAAAAUGGCUGGUCUUUCAUUGUAUUCUGAGAGCUAUAUUUUUCAUAUGAGAUUGAUUAUUUGAAAAUCUUAUUGUAGCUCUUUUUUGAUUGUCAAUAAUUUCAUGUAUGUGGUAUUAUGGUUGAGUUGAUCAGAAGUUGUAUCACUGUAAGUAAAAGGUAUUGUUGUCUUGCUUGCUUCUUUGUGAGAAGUUUUUUUGUUCUUGUUGCAAAUCAUAGAAUAUUAUGUGAGAAGUUUUUUGUUUUUGUUCUUUGUGAGGAGGUUAUUUGGCUGUUAUUUGUUGUCUGUUUUUUUAGUUGUAUUGUUCCUUCUUUAUCAAAUUCGUGUUGAAACUCGUGAUUCAGUUUUGUGGUUCAUGUCCCGUGUAGUUGUAAAUGGUUUUGGUAUUAAAAAAAAAAAAAAAAAAACAAAUGGGUCUUUAUAGUUUCUUGUCCAGAUUUUUUGUUCAGAUGUGGAUCUUUAAUUUUUUAGACAUGUGACUUUAUGUAUUGUUCAAGUAGUUGAUUUCUUUGAAUAUAGAUUCAAAGUCUAUUGUUCAAUUAGAAUUUAUAUGUCGAUAUAAAUAUUGUCAUAUGUGAAUCUUUGUUAUAUCGAUUUUUUACUGUUAAAGAUUCUUGCUACUCUAGCAAUAUUGGACCUGGUUUGGAAUUGUGAAGGUUAUUCAAUAUGAUUCUGUUUUUUGUUUAUGUUUUUUUGUUUGUCAGAAUUGCUUCUUGUAUUAUCCGAAUCUUUAUUUGAUCAGGUUUUGAAUAUGAUAAGUGAUUGUCAAAUCUGGUAAUUCUUAUCUUGACGAAAUUAUUAUGAUAUAUGUGAUAAUUUUGUUUGCCUUCUUCACUAUUAAAACAUUGGUACGUGUGAUCCAUAUGUCAUGUUGUAUGAUUUGUCAUAUCUUCUGGUUUAAAUAGGUCUUAUGGGGUUUGUUUUCAAGAUUGUUUCUUGAAUGUUUGUAAAUGUUAGCCUCCUUGUAUUUUUUCUUGUGUAAGAGAUUUGUUGUUAUAAAUGUAUGUGACUGGGUGUUUUGCCUGAGUUUGUGUUGGGUAUCAUGGUUGUCUGGUGAUCUUAGUCAUACAUUUAUCUCUGUUAAAAAGAGUUCUUUGGUUUGUUGUUGGUAUGUGUGUUUUCUUCAAAGAAUCUCUUGUCUCGUCUUGUGUUUUGUCUGAAUUCUUAGUAUGUCUGUGAUAGGAUGUUGGUUAUAGAAAAUCUUAUUUUUGAUUUGUUUCUCUAUGUUGUGUAUAUGGCUAUAUGGCUUAGUUGCUUGUGAUUCGUGUUAUACUUUGCAUUGUAUAGUUUGGUAACAUUUGGUGUUAGCUACAAUGAGCCUGUUAAAUCUUGUAAAAAUGCCAUAUUGGUUCUUUGAUUCUUGUCGUUUAUGAGAAGUUAAAAGUUUGUUUGAAAUAGAACUGGUUUUUUUUGGGAAACUGUCUGUGGUAUUAUUGGUCCUAUGAGAUCAUUUUUGUUUGUAAAAUUGCUAAAGAUUGAGUAGUGAGGUGAAUGAUGUUAUGUGCAAUAAAUUGGGUAUGGUUAACUUUGUUGGUUUCAGUUUUUUGAGAAAAAAUAGCUGCUGGUGUUAUUGGAACAGUUAAGGUUGACUCUGACAGUCAACCGACAGGUGCUUUUAUAAAAGGUUUAAGUAUUACGCAACAUGAAAUGGUUUGUAAAAGAUUGGGUUUGGUAAACUGGUUUUUUCACAUAUGAAUGAAGGGGGCGUGUUAAAAAGUUAGAGUUAUAAUUUGUCAUUCAUAUGUGUUAAUCUUUAGUUUUAUUAGUUUGAGUUGUUGAUUGAGCAGGUAUCAUACUUAGGGGGGCCUGAAUGAAACAUUUGAGGGUUCAAAGUGUAACUCUUUAUUAUGGCGGUGCAAUUGUUGAUAUCUUUAGGGUGCUGAAUGUUGUUUAUAAAUGGCUGGACAUAUAAAGGUUACACUUUGCACACAGAUAAAGAUUUAAUCCCCAAAUCUCACUUUAUCACUUUUUCCUCAAGUAUUAGACAACUGUAGAAGAUGUAUUCCAUAAUUCAACAUCAGUCGUUCACCUUCAACGCAAAAGGCUCUCUUGGUCUGUUCAAGAUUAUAACUCUGUUCAAGUUGUGGAUCUUGUUCAGCAGUUAGUUCGAUUAUGGUUCAGUAUUGUUGAAGAUCUGAUUGAUUUAUUUAUUCAGUAUUGUUGAAGAUCUUGUGAAUCUUCAUAUUCUUAGUUUUUUCUGUAUCCUUUUGUUAACCAGCCGAGUAUGGUCUGGUUAUUGUUGAUCCUGUGUUGGAUCUUGUUAUUUCACAUUUCUUUCUAUGAUCAACAGAUAUUUUAUCUGUUGAUCCUGUAUUUCGUAUUUGUUGUUUUAGAUCUUACAUAAGUAAGAUCUAGGGUUUGGGGGGUGUUUUUGGUUUGGGUUAAAUAAUAAAGUUUUACGUCAUAUUUUGUCGCUAUCUUUUGUAUCUACUGUGUUUGUGUUGUUAUAUUUGCUGCAAUCGAUCAAUAUACCAGUGUUUUUGACAAAUCACACACGCAAUUGAAGUAUUGAACUGUUGUUAUGUGUUGAAUUAAGCGAUUAGCGAUCUGCUGAAAUAACUAAUUUAGUGAGAAGUUUUGUUGUGUUUUGGAAGAUGAUAGGAUACAUGUGAUUGGUGUAGAACCUAAUAAUAGUGUUGCUAUAGAUAAUGUAAUUAGGUGAAGGUUUUUGAGUUAGGUUUGCUUGCAACAAAGAUGCUAAUAGGCUAGUACUUGAUUGUAACAUCCUCAAGCUGUUAGUCUGCUACUGUUGUUAUGUGUGUAGAAUAAGCAGUUGCAUCAUUUCUGCAUAGUUGUUAAAAGCCAUCGCCUCUUGCGCCUAGGCCCAAUUUCCUAGCGAGGCGAGGCAAUUGCGCCUUAAGUCAAGGCAAUUGCGCUUUAAUUCUCCAAGUGAUGGUUCAUGCGCAGGUUCCGGCGAGAUUCCUAGAUUCUUGAGAGUUUUCGGCCAAAUUCUCUAAAUUCUUGCAAGAUUCUAGCUAGAUUUCUACUUUAUAUAACAAAACUACUUUUCUACACUAAUAAACUAGCAUUUUAUAACUUUUGGUACUAAAUAGACGAUAUUAAAUAUUAUAUAAUAGCUUUAGUUUAUUUUGUUUGAAGAAUAGUAUUAAUUUUCUAUUAUAUAAAAAAAAAUAAAUAAAAAAAAAAUAUUUUAUGUUUUUUUUGUUGUACGCUUUUUUUUCUCAGGCCCGCGCUUUUUUUACCCCUUGCGCCUAGGCCCCAGGCGAGGCCUAUGCGCCUUGAGUGCGCUUAACGCUUUUAAUAACUAUGCAUUUCUGUAUUCUCUAGCUAGCUAUAUAUUGUGAUUUUGUUCCUGGAUAUAGUUAGGGGUGUUCACGGUGUGGUUUUGAUGGUUUUUAGGACUCCAGGCAACUUUUAGCAUGGGUGGGAUUGACCCGAAACUACUAAAACUAUGUAAUAUCCUUGUAUAUUAUAUGUCAUGUAUUGAAUUUUAGGGAAAAGACAACUUUAAGCAAAAAGGGAAAUUAUUUUAGCACAAGUAAGGAAAAACUUCUAGGGCUAUGUAACAUAUUAUUAUUUUGGUUAUCUUACUAGGAUUAAACGAACCCAGUUUGAUGCCCGACGGUUUUUAAACCUCUGCAAACCAAACCGCUCAGUCCAGUUUGCAGAAAAAGAACCUUCGUGUUUGAAGAAGUGAAAAAAAGCCCGCAAAAUUGAAUUGAUGACAGGGUAUAACAUCGCUGAUCUUGUCCAAGAAGCACAAAUCAGGUGGUUAAAACCAGGGGAGGUUUUCUUCAUACUGCAGAAUUUUGAUGAAAAACAGCUUACCAGUGAGCCCGUCCAAAAGCCACCCAGUGGUUCCUUAUUUCUGUUUAACAAGAGGGUCAUGCGUUUUUUCCGUAAAGAUGGUCAUACUUGGAGGAGAAAAAAGGAUGGAAGAACUGUUGGAGAAGCACAUGAACGCCUAAAGGUUGGAAAUGUUGAGGCAUUAAACUGUUACUAUGCACACGGUGAGGUGAAUCCGAACUUCCAGAGGCGUAGCUAUUGGAUGUUGGAUUCGGAAAUGGAUCACAUUGUACUUGUUCAUUAUAGAGAUAUAACCGUGAGUGGGCAUAGUCCUGGAUCCAUUUCAACAUUCUCUCCAGGAUCUUCUGCUCUUGUUCAGGGUUCAAACUCUUACGCUUCUCAGUUCACUCAAUCUUCUGGUGCUUAUAGUCAGUUUCGUGAACCUUACGACAACACCUCUAGUCCCAGUUCAAUAGAAUUUAGUUCAGAUGUGAUUACUAGAUCCAACGGGACAAGUCCUUUGAGUUGUACACAAGGAAUUGAGGAAAUUAGCGGUUCACCGAACUUUGAAAUUGAUCAAGCGUUGAGAAGAAUAAAAGAACAGUUGAGUUUGGGCGAGGAAAACUUGAAAGAUAUCAGUGCGUUUUAUAGUGAGAAUGAGAUGUCAAAUGAUUCAGCCUUUUCAGUUGAUGAACAAGAUUACGGAGGGAUGCGAAGUAGUUCAAACAAUUAUGCAUCUGAACAAUAUCCAGGUGGGUAUGUGAGUUCAAAUCAGAGCCAGCAACAAUCGGACGGUGAAUUUUGUAAUACAAGUCAACAAACUUCACUUGGGAAUGACGUGUUAAAAUAUAACGGGAAUGCAGUCGGAGAUGUCUCUCAGAAGAAUUACGUGUACCCUUCAGACAGAAAUGGAGUACUGUUAUCUCAACUAAGAAGAGAUCCAGUGGAACUGCAGGAGAAUUACAAUUCUGGAUAUACUGGUGCAAAUAAUUUCUCAUCUGUACUGCUACAUGAUGAAAUUGAAGAUUUUAAAUUUCCGUCAUAUACCCUUGCAAGAAAUUUGUCUGAAAGCUACCCAGACAUUUACUCAACAAUGUUUGACCAAGGUCAAAGCGGAAUGCCUCUUGAACCAGAUUCAAGUUUUACCAUCACACAAGAGCAGAAAUUUACCAUUCGUGAGAUUGCCCCGGAAUGGGGAUAUUCAUCUGAGCCAACAAAGGUACUCAUUAUUGGAACUUCUACUCCUGAUCUCACCAAACGACAAUGGUACUGUAUGUUUGGUGAAACCGAGGUUCCUGCUGAGGUUAUUCAAGACGGCGUCCUAUGUUGUUACGCUCCCACUUGCUUACCUGGCAAAGUUGCUCUUUGUAUUACAUCUGGCAACCGUGAAUCUUGUAGUGAAAUCAGAGAAUUUGAAUACCGUGCUAAACCAGAUAACGACACAAAUAAUAACCCAACCGAGAAAAAAUCUAGAAACUCAGAGGAACUAUUAUUACUUGUGAGAUUUGUGCAAAUGUUGUUAUCUGGUCAAAGUCAAACUAGUCAAAAUGAUGACUCAUGGUCUCAAGUUAUUGAGACGCUUUUAGAUGGAAGUUUGGAAUCGGCUAAUGCAACUGAUUGGCUUCUAGAAGAACUUUUGAAAGAUAAGUUGCAAAUCUGGCUUUCUUCUAGACUACAAAACAAGAAAGGUGUUGCAGCUUUGUCUAAAAGAGAACAAGGGAUAAUACACAUGGUUUCUGGGUUGGGCUUUGCAUGGGCCUUGAGCCCGAUUCUUAAAUCUGGAGUUGGUGUAAACUUUCGUGACAUUAAUGGUUGGACUGCCCUUCACUGGGCUGCUCGAUUUGGAAGGGAAAAGAUGGUAGCUGAACUCUUAGCUUCUGGUGCAUUUGCUGGAGCAGUUACAGACCCAAGUCAACUCGACCCAACUGGUCAAACCCCGGCUUCCAUAGCUGCGGCAUGUGGACACAAAGGACUUGCAGGUUAUCUCUCAGAGAUCUCACUAACUAGCCAUCCAUCUGUCCUGCCACAACAAACCGAACUUUCUAGAAGAUCUGCUGUUCCGGAAGCAGUAAAUAGUAUCUCAAAACCAAAUCUUGUUACAAAUGAGGACCUUUCUCUUAAGGACACCUUAGCUGCUGUUAGGAAUGCAACUCAGGCUGCUGCGCGUAUACAGUUGGCUUUUAGGGCUCAUUCUUUUAGGAAGAGACAGCUAACACAAUCAUAUGUUAGUGGAGAUGAAUAUGGUAUACCUUCAAGUGAUAUCAAAGGACUUUCAGCAGCUUCAAAGAUGACUUUUAGAAAUGGAAAUUAUCACAAUGCUGCUUUGUCUAUUCAGAAGAAAUAUCGAGGGUGGAAAGGUCGUAAGGACUUCCUUGCACUUCGUCAGAAAGUAGUUAAAAUACAGGCUCAUGUAAGAGGUCAUCAGGUAAGGAAAAGCUUUAAGGUAUUCUGUUGGGCGGUUGGUGUAGUUGAAAAGGUUGUGCUGAGGUGGCGCCGUAAGGGCGUAGGCUUGCGGGGAUUCAAACAAGAAUUAGGAGCCAUUGGUGAACGUGAAGAUGAAGAUUUUCUUAAAGUGAUCAGGAAGGAAAAGGUGGAUGUUUCUAUUGACGAAGCUGUUUCACGGGUGCUCUCUAUGGUGGACUCUCAAACGGCCCGCCAGCAGUACCGCCGUAUGCUUCAAAAAUACCAACAAGCAAAGGCGGAACGUGAAGGUAUGGAGAAUGAAGCAGGCUCAACUUCUCAAGGUGAUGUAAUGAAUAUGUAGAAGAUAUAAUUCCAAUUAAAUCUGUUUGUGUUAGGAGAGAUGGUAACAGUAAUGGUAGUUAUUAUUGUUUUAUUAGUUUGUAACCUAACUGAUAGUUUGCUUUGGUACUGGGUGUUUUGUAUAAAUGUAAGUAGUGUAAAAUAGUUUAAUUUAAGUUCCA